AUGUCAAACAAAAUAUCGUCGUUGAUAUCAUGUUGUGGUCAGACAAUAAAGAGACAGGUAGAUAUUUACAUAUUUUAAGUAGCUAAACAAUUAUUGGUUUUUAUCAAUAAUUUGAAAAAUUUGUUUCAGUUAUUAGCUCGUACGUCUAUUUUUACUCAACAAACUCGACACAUGGAAGUUCACGAACACGUUGCGUACACUUUAUUGAAAAAAGCUGGAAUCCCAACUCCGCCUUACGGGGUAGCUAAAACGCCAGACGAAGCUGCUAAAAUAGCCAAAGAUCUCAAUACGAAAGACAUUGUUUUAAAAGCACAAGUUCUUGCCGGAGGUCGUGGAGUGGGACACUUUAAAGGCACCGACGUCAGCGGUGUUGUUAUGUGCGAAACUCCAGAACAAGCAAAGACUCUCGCCAGUAAUAUGAUAGGCAAACUGUUAAUAACUAAACAGACUGGAGAGGCUGGAAGAAUUUGUAAUUCGGUAAUGGUAACGACCCGUAUGUUCCCUCGCAAAGAAUAUUACCUUUCGGUCAUGUUGGAGACCAGUUACGACGGUCCUGUUAUAAUUGUAUCGAAACAAGGCGGCGUGAAUAUCGAGGACAUCGCCGCCUCGAAUCCUGAAGCCAUAACGUAUAUACCAGUUAACGUCAUGAAGGGUUUAACGGCCGAACAAGCGGAUCUUGUCCCGGAUAAAUUAGGCAUAGAGGGGGAGGAGAAAGAUAUAGUCUCGAUAAUUGCUUGCAAUCUGUACGAAUUAUUUAUCGAGACGGAUGCUUUGUUACUUGAAAUAAAUCCAUUCGCAUUGGACAUUUGCGGGGAAUAUCAUGCCUUGGAUUGUAAAUGUUCCUUCGACGAUAGCUCGGAAUUCAGACAAAAAGAAUUAUUUGCUCUACAGGACUUGACGCAACUCGAUCCUAGGGAGGUGCAGGCGAACAAAUUUAAUUUAAGUUACAUAGGUCUAACCGGGAAUAUAGGCUGUAUGGUAAAUGGAGCUGGAUUGGCAAUGGCUACCAUGGAUAUCAUAAAACUGUACGGCGGUAUGCCGGCGAACUUUCUAGACGUGGGUGGUACUGCCACAGCAGAAACUGUGAAAGAGGCUUUCCAAAUAAUAAUCGCCGAUCCAAAGGUAGAAGCUAUCUUCGUUAAUAUAUUUGGUGGAAUUAUGAGAUGUGACAUAAUCGCGCAAGGAAUCAUCUCUGCAACCAAGGACUUGAAGAUGUCUGUUCCAAUAGUCGUAAGACUGCAGGGGACCAACGUGGAAGAAGGGAAAACGUUGAUACGCGACGCGCAGUUAAAAGUUAUUUCUGUGGACGAUUUUUCCCAGGCAGGUGAAGCAGCCGUAAAGUUGGCAUUAAUGGUGAACGUAUCAAAUUCUUUAAAUUUAGACAUUUCUUUCACGAGUAGAGAAAAAUCUGACAAGAAAUCGAAAAGCUCGAAAUAGGCCCUAAUUCUUUUCUAUACUCGCGUAUUUUCUAUCCAUCAUUUUUAAACAUAUAAUCCCUGUACGCUCAUUUUCAUAUUUUUAAUUCUUUUUUUUUUAC